UUCAUUUAUCAUUUCCUUACGUAUCGGUGUUAUAAAGCUGCAAGUAUAAAAGAGGAUGUAACGAAACACACAGUAGUCAGUUGAGCAGAACGAAGCCUACUGAGCGUAGUUUUGCAACUGUAAUUAGCUACAAUCCUCUUUGACAAUAUGUCGGGCUUGUUCGAUAUCUCGUAUUCAAGUCCGCCAUGUGCCGAUCCCUACCUAGGGGGUCCUCAGCUUUCGGAUGUUUGCUCUGCAAACAACGGAGCAAUGUUACUGACGAUUUUCAACAUACUGUUAGUGGGAAAUCCGGAAGUUGGUGAGCCGUGCAAGCGCGUGAGGCCAGUCAAGGAGCCAGACCUUAGUUACGAUUUUAUCGUUGUCGGCUCCGGUGCUGGUGGAGCUGCAGUGGCUGGAAGACUGAGCGAAGUCAAAGAUUGGAAAGUUUUACUGAUCGAAGCAGGCCCCGAUGAACCGGCAGGAGCCGAAAUACCCAGCAAUCUUCUGCUUUAUCUCGGCGGCGAGUUGGACUGGAAAUACAAAACGACGAACGAAUCGAACGCCUGUCUCAGUACGAAUGGAAGAUGCGCUUUGCCUCGAGGUAAGAAUCUCGGAGGAACGACGCUUCACCAUGGUAUGGCGUAUCAUAGAGGUUAUCCUAAGGAUUACGAGAAGUGGGAAAAACUGGGAGCCGAAGGAUGGGGUUGGGAAGACGUGCUACCGUAUUAUCUCAAGUCGGAGAAUAACACGGAAAUUGGUAGAGUUAGCGCGAAAUAUCAUGCCACCGGAGGUCCUAUGACCGUGCAACGGUUCCCAUAUCAACCUCCUUUCGCCUGGCAUAUCCUCAAAGCAGCGGACGAAGUAGGUUUCGGCGUUUCCGAAGAUUUCGCCGGAGAAAAAAUGACAGGCUUCACUAUAGCUCAAACUAUCAGUGAAAACGGUGUGAGACAGACCAGCGUUAGAUCGUUUAUUACACCCGUCGCGGAUCGUAAGAAUCUUCACGUAGCCGUGAACGCCACCGUUACCAAAGUUAGGACCAUUGGCAAGAAAGUGACAGGAGUCGAUGUGUUAUUGAAUGGAAGGAAGCGCAUCAUAAGGGCAAAACGCGAAGUGAUUUUGUCAGCGGGAGCGAUAAACUCACCCCAGCUGUUGAUGUUGUCUGGAAUUGGACCUAAGGAACAUUUGAAAUCCAAGAAGAUUCCCGUAGUGAUGGAUCUACCAGGCGUUGGUGAAAAUCUUCACAACCACCAAUCCUAUGGUCUAAUCUUCACCUUGAGCGAAACUUAUUAUCCAGUGUUCAACGAAAGUAACAUCGAACAGUACAUUACAAACCAAACUGGUCCACUCUCUAGCACAGGCUUGGCUCAAGUUAGUGGAAUAUUGACAUCCAAUUUCACUACCAAGGAUGAUCCAGAUAUCCAGAUAUUCUUUUCCGGCUACCAAGCAGUUUGCGAACCUAAAAUAGGCCCACACUUGGCCGCGAUAGACGACAAAACGGCUGUCGAAUUUACGGCCGUGAAUCUACACCCAACGAGCAGAGGUCGCAUUACGUUGAACAGCAACGAUCCACUCGAUCCACCUGUUAUCUGGAGUAACGAUUUAGGGACCAAACACGAUCGCAGCGUCCUAGUUCAAGGAAUCCAACACCUUAUCAAACUAUCGAAGGCCCCGAUCAUGCGGAAGCUAGGUUUGAAGCGUCAACCCGUGGAAAUACCAGCGUGCGCAGGUUUUAAGCCAAACAGCUAUGACUUUUGGGAAUGUGCUAUACGUUGGAACACAAGACCGGAGAAUCAUCAGACCGGCACCGCCAGAAUGGGCCCGCGUACGGAUCCGAUGACCGUCGUAAAUACUCGACUCAAGGUACACGGUAUCAAAGGACUGAGAGUUGCCGAUGCGUCCGUUAUGCCUACGGUGGUUUCUGGUAACCCUGUUGCCUCGGUCAACAUGGUCGGAGAAAGAGCCGCAGACUUUAUCAAGCAAGACUGGGGAAUCAAAAUAUAACGGAAACGUCAAUUAUGGAAAGAAAAACGAAAUUAUAAUGGCCAUUAAUAUAACAGUAUAAAUUCUAUU